UCUUUAAGUGUUUAUUUAAUUAUCAAUAUAAUAAAUCAUAUUUGGGAUACAAUAAAAAUGAUCUUCGCCGUAAGAAAUGUAACUAAAUAUAGCACGAAUAAUUUUUUAUCAAUGUUUCGAGUAUCAUUCCACAGUGAACCACCACCGGUGGAGUGGGGCGAGGGUAUAAUCUCGCACAAGGUAAAGGUGGGUCCCCAUCGCCUGCACUACCUGCGCGCGGGGCGCGGGCCGCACGUGGUCGUCCUACUACCCGGGGUCCUCGGCGACGGCUGGUGCAACUUCAGGGAGCAGCUGCUAGGCUUCGACAGAGACCUCUUCACCACCAUAGCUCUGGAUCCGCCAGGGACCGGCUUCAGCAGGCCGCCGGAGCUCACGUUCCGGCCGUAUGAACAGCAGGCUGAGACCGUCGCGGAUUUCAUGGACGCACUAGGAGUGCAGUGUGCGUCGGUGCUGGGCUACAGCGGUGGGGGCCGCACCGCCAUGGUGCUGGCGGCUCUGCAUCAGCGUCUGGUGAAGAAACUGGUGCUGGUCUCCACACAUGCCUUACUUUUACCCGAUGAGCAUUACGCUUCCAAACUUCUUGAAAACGUAGAAGAAACUUGGCCUGAAGAAUAUAAGAAAUGGAUGUACGGCAUAUAUGGCAAAGAAAACCUGGCCAAAGUGUGGAGGCAAUUUAUAGAUUUCGACGCACAUUUCCUUAAAGAACAGCGUGGCAACAUCUGCCUCCACUUGCUGAAAGACAUCAAGUGUCCCACGCAGCUGAUAUUCGGACAAAAAGACCCGUUGACUAAGAUUGAGAAUGGCUGGUUACUGCACGCCUUAAUUAAAAACUCAAGGAUGCAUGUAUACCCCGAAGGCAGGCACAGCGUCGUAGAUAAGUAUACUGAAGAUUUUAAUAAAAGAGUACAGGAUUUCCUAAAAGAUGAAUCGAUAUCCGAUGAUUGAUUUAAAAAUUUUAUUUUUA